AGAGAGAGAGAGAGAGACUGACAGACACGCAUGCAGAGAGAGAGAGAGAGAGACACACAGACACACACAGAGAGAGAGAGAAGGAAUAGGAGGAGCUAGACGUUGACUCACAUUCUGAGCUUUGAGUAAUUGGACACUUACAGGUGAAUCUCCUGCAGGUUUGAGAGCUCAGGGGGGGGUGAGGGAGUGGUCAGACAGGAAGGUGAUCCGACCUGUGUAACUCCUCCCAUUCCAAACCUCUUCACUGCCGCAGCGCUGAACUUUCUCCGGCAAAAACACCGAAGAACAGGAAGUUUCCAUGCAGCCACAAUCUGGAAGAUAUUUGAGACUAUUUAAAGGAAACCUCUGAACCUUUUUGUAAAUAAACGUGAGACGUGAGUUUUCCUCGGCUGGGCGUGGGCCACACUGAGUGAUUUUAAACUCUUGUUUUUGUGAGAGAUUACACCCAGUCGUGUUCUGCUCACGUGUGUUUGGUCCUCCAGUUUUCCUAAAGGAGUGAGUUGAUGUUAGACGUCAUGUUUAACCUGUUGCCGAAAAACUUCUCCGACAUGUUGGCGACACAGCAAAUCGUUUCCAAAGGGUUUAAAGGAUAGCAGGCUCUUUCACGGCGUAUAACUGCACCUCCUGGAGCGAGAGAGAGAGAGAGAAACCCGAGGAUUUUCACUGAGAACGCUUUUGUUUUCUCGACUAUGGGAAACUGGAGCGCAUUCAGGUGUAGGUAAAGAAAGAGCCAGUGUUUCUGGACUUCACUGCUCUGUUUAUGCGUUUAUUUGGUGUCUUUUUAUAGGAUUGAACGAAUCCAGAAAUAUGGGGAGUGAAGGUAAAUAUCCGGCCAGAAUCUCGACAAGGUUUCUAACAUCGGACUCGGCUGUGCUGUCAUUCAGGACGCUGGCUGACAAAGAUUCACACCGGAGCAACGUUGAAUCCAUGCGCUUUGAUGAUGUCGGUGUGACGGAUGUUUCGGAAGGGACGGAUGGCGUGAAGACUGAGCUGCAGGGUACAGAAAGACCUUCGUGGAGGUCUCCCAAUAACACGUCAGAUCUGGUGCAGGUAACCAGAGUAGAAACGUACAUCGAUGAUGACGAAGAUGUGCAAAGCACCUAUAGCAGCGGUAGUCGUGAAGAGUUCAAGUUCAUCCCCACGCCCGAGAGUAUGGUCGAGCGGUCGCUCAAAAACACCUCGGUCCUGAGCAGGUCAUACGGACAGCUCAACAGGUUGCUGAACUUGUCCUCGUCUUUGUCAGAUCUGUCUCGGAAGGAGCCGGACAGCUUUGAGACGGCUCACGCGAGAUCGGCUUCACACAGUCCCUCGGAGAUGACCAAGUCGGACGGAGGUGAGGUUAAAGACUACAGCAGCUGGAGGAGAAGAGGUCCUCUGUCUGUACCUCCUGAAUCUGCGAGGACAGGUGAGGAUGUGUCAUCAGGUGAUCUCUCUCACAAAGAAGGGAAUGAGGGACCGGAGUCACCGGCAAAAUCUCAAACGGGUGCUUUUCUGACUCCGGCGUCUCCAGUCUCGUCUUUUUUGAUGGGUUCAGGUCUAGAGUCAGAAAAUAAAGAUGUUUCAGAAAUGGAUUUGGGACAGUCCCCAACCGUCUCUGAGCCAAGCGUCCCAUCUGAUCCUUUGGAACAAAACACGCCAACGGGGGAUUUUUUGUCUCCAGCAUCUCCAGUCUCAUCCGUGUUGACAAGUUCAGGAGUUGAGCCGGAGACGAAAGGUCUUUCAGAAAUGGUUUCCGUGACCGCCUCGGAGCCUUCGAGAGACACUAAACGAAACACUUCCAGCCCCAAAACGGCCUUGUUCAGCGAGAAGUACCAGCUGCCCGCUCUGUUCAGCGGCCUUCGGGUUCUCAAGAAAGGUGCAUUGGGAGACGAAAAAGAGACCAAGGAGAUCAAACAGCGCGACACAGAUCGAGCGCUCCUCAGCCUCAAGCAACACGUCAACAAAGUUAAACUCGAGCCGCUGUCUAACGCCAGCGUUUCGAAGCAUGAACCAAAAUCAUUGUCCGAAGUCAGCAGUCAGUUGCAGAAGCUGGAGAACGCCGAGGCCGCCCGGAACGAGGAAACCCGGAGCGGCCGAGAGGACGCGGUCGAGCCGAACGCUGACUCGCAGGCAAACAGCAGCAAAUCUUCAGUGGAUUCGUUUGAUGCAUUGAGGUCUAAAUUGUUUGGAAGUAAACCAGUGAAGAAAGAUCCCGUGGAUGCCGCGCUGGACCUGGAGGCGGUUAGGAGGAAGAAGAAGAACGAGAAAGAGCUGCUGAGAUCCAUCUUCGAGAGACAGUCGAGCAUCAAGACGACGGAGAGCAAGAGUCCCACUGAGGUGAAUUCUGAGGUCACGUCUCCGUCAGACGGUGAUGACAGAACCCCUGGACGUCUGCAGGCCGUCUGGCCUCCACCCAAACCCAAAGAUGCAGACGAGAAGGUGGGACUGCGUUACACUGAAGCAGAGCACCAGGCCGCCCUCCUUCAGCUGAAGAGAGAGUCUAAAGAGGAGAUCGAGAAGAUGCGUGAAGACUUCGAGCUGCAGAUUUUCCGUGUUCGAGGUGAGCACGCAGUGACGGUGUCCCACCUGGAGUCGAUCAUCGUCAAGUUGCAGCAUGAGAAGGCGUGUCACUCCAUUCAGGACCGCGGCGAGCUUCAGGAGGUGUCCGUCUCCACCGAGGACGACGUGCUGGCCAAAACCUUCCGCAACGUGUGCGUCCAGACCGACCGCGAGACCUUCAUCAAAACUCCCGACGGCGAUGCCACCAAACCGGCGGCGAACGCCAACCUGCCCAAAAAACUUGACUUGGACUCCAUCACAUCCACUUUGGGUGUGAGCCCAGGAGCGCCGCCACCGCCGCCCCCACCUCCUCUUCCGGGUCAGCCCUACGCCCCGCCUCCACCCCCUCCUCUUCCGGGUCAGCCCUUUGCCCCACCUCCUCCACCCCCUCCCCUGCCCGGUGGCUCCGCCCCUCCUCCGCCACCUCCUUUACCUGGACUCGCACCUGGACCGCCCCCUCCUCCCCCACUCCCUGGAGCUCCUCCCCCUCCGCCUCCCCCACCAGGUCUGCCGGGAGCUCCCCCGCCACCUCCGCCCAUGCCGGGUGCCGGCGUCCCUCCUCCCCCUCCUGCUUUCGGGGGUUUUGGGUUCGGACAGGCGGCUGAGAAAGCGCCACGUAAACCGGCCAUGGAACCGGCGUGUCCCAUGAAACCGCUCUAUUGGACACGGAUUCAGAUUCAGGAGAACAAUAAUAACACGCUCUGGAAUGCUCUGGAGGAGCCCGAUAUCAUAAACACCACAGAAUUUGAGGAGCUGUUCUCCAAAGCCAGCGUACAGCCCAAAAAGAAACCCCUGUCGGAUACGUACGAGAAGAAGACCAAACCCAAGAAGAUUAUCAAGCUGCUGGAUGGUAAACGUUCCCAGACUGUUGGAAUAUUAAUAUCCAGUCUACACCUGGAGAUGAAGGACAUACAGCACGCUGUUCUCACUGUGGAUCACACUGUCGUGGAUCUGGAGACUAUCGAAGCUUUAUAUGAAAAUAGAGCUCAAGCCGAUGAGCUGCAGAUGAUCAAGAAACACUACGAGACGUCUAAAGAAGAUGAGGUGAAACUUCUGGAUAAACCUGAACAGUUCCUGUACGAGCUGUCACAGAUUCCAGAUUUCGCCGGCCGUGCUCACUGUAUGAUCUUUCAGUCUGUUUUUGUGGAUUCCGUGAGUUCUGUCCGUCGGAAAGUGGACAUCAUUUCUACCGUGAGCAAGGCGCUUCUGGACAAUGACAGCGUUAAAGAUGUGAUCGGUCUCAUUUUGGCUUUUGGAAACUACAUGAACGGUGGAAACAGAACCAGAGGCCAGGCGGACGGGUUUGGACUGGAGAUUCUUCCGAAACUAAAGGAUGUCAAAAGCAGGGACAACCGUAUAAGUCUGGUGGAUUACGUGGUGUCUUACUACCUUCGGAACUUCGACAAGAACGCAGCCACAGACAAGAGUGUUUUCCCACUUCCUGAACCUCAGGAUCUCUUUCACGCCGCUCAGGUCAAGUUUGAAGAUCUUUCAAAAGACCUCCGCAAGUUAAAGAAAGAGCUGACAGCUUGUGAGAAGGAGGUCCGGCAGGUGUGCGAGAACUCCUCAGAGGAACAUCUCCAACCCUUCCAAGACAAGAUGGAGACGUUCAUCAGCACGGCUCAGUGUGAGCACACGACUGAAGAUCAGCGUCUGCAAGCUGCACAGAAGAGCUUUCAGGAAGUGGUGAUGUACUUUGGGCUCAAACCCAAGUCUGGAGAAAAAGAGGUCUUUCCCAAUCACAUCUUCAUGCUCUGGUACGAGUUCUGCAAUGACUUCAAGAACACGUGGAACCGUGAGAUUAAAACCAUGUCUAAAGAGAGACUAAAAGCAGCUAAAGAAAACGUCCAAAAGAUCACGGCGGAGAAGAAAGUGGAGACGAAACAGAUCAACGCAAACAGUCUGAAAGAACGACUUCGGAAGAAAGAAGCAGGUGUGUCGUCCAGCUGAGACGAGAAGAGGUCGCCCAUCAUUGAUUCGGACAUCACAUUUUCUUGAGAUCAUCUGCUGACCGUUCAAUCUGUGACUGAUCUCAGAUCAGCGCCGGUGUACUCCUGAGAAACCUGAAUCGUUCAAAACGGCAAAUGAAGAGAGCACGUGAUUGAAAGAACUUAUUCUUUUAAGAAGAUCCUUUUGUUUGAGUUCAGAAGUGAUGCUGAAUGUGGCAGGACUUGAUCUGUAGAUCUCAAUCCAACAUCUACAUGGACAUGUAAACAGCAGUGCCUCAUAUGUGCAUCAGUCACGGCCUAAAAUCACAUGAACACGUCAAGGGCCGACAUGAUGUCAUCUAUCUUUGUACUUGAACGGAAAACGAAUCACUUUAAUGGCUCGUUGAAUUGCUGUUUGUUUUCUUUCAGCAUUUGUCACCUUGUUGCUUUUCCACGUUUUGCCAAAUGAAACUCGAUUAAGUGCGAAGCACUUUUACGCACUUCAGUUAUGAAGCCUAUGCAAUAUUGUGUCUGAAAACUGUCUGUGUACAUGUUUAUUUCAGAACGCUGCUGAACGUAGAACGAGCCGUACGAUGUUACGCUAGAGAAAUACAGUAUGUUGACCCAGAGUAUUUUUAAAAGUGCAAGUGAGCGAAUGACCCGCCCGGUUUGUUCAGAAAAUGCUUUUGUUACGAAAUGCAUAAGAAUGUUUUGCUUGGAGAGAGGGUUUGUCUAUUCAUUUAUAAAUGAUGAAUCUGUGUGUACGUACAUUUGUCACUGGUCGUUUCAUUUACGUUUCAUGUUUAAAGUUCUGUAACAUUGUUCAUGCAAAUCAUUUUUAUGCAAGAAUUUAGCAUCACGAUGGGUCCAAAUGAAGAGUUUGUUUCCAAAAUGAGAUUUUAAAAUGUUUUUAUUGUGUUAGUUAGCUGUAUUUUUUGAGUCAUUAUGGCUUGAAUCAAAACAAACCAACUGCAGUUAGAUUUAUAUUAAUUGGAAUGCACAAUAAAAAAAAACAUGUUUUUUGAAAAAUGUUAAAAACGGAGUUAUCUCAUUUUGGAAAUAAACUCUUCAAAUUAUCCUUUGUUCUUUUAAGUUUGUUCAAACGCCUCUCGUUAGGUGAAAUAAACUCUUUUUAUUUGAUAUCAACCUCUGCACAUAAAAAGAAAAAUUGCUUUCAAUUUUUUUUUAUAUUGUACAUUAUUUUUAGUUAUUCACUUUUAGUACACUGGACCAAUAAUAUGAAACAGUUUCUCUGAGUAAAACAAAUGUACUC